AUUUUUUCAUUCCGCACAAGUGUCGUCAAUGACGUUUGUCAGUUUGAAAGGGCCCACAAUAAAAAUACAUAUUACGAAUUUUUAAAAGAAAAUUUUUGGUGUCUUUAUUGCAAUGAAAUGUCGUUCCGGGGGAGAGUAUUAGGCUUUGUGGAAGUGGUUUUAAGAGUGCCCCCUUUGUUUGUGAUCGACGAGAUACUGAGAGUAGGACUUCUUGGCAUAGUAGAGCUGUCAGACCAAGAAUAUUUGCAGCAAAGUGAGGAAUUAUUAGCAGCUAAGGAACAGUACAAAUACAAUAAUGUUACGACUACGGGGACCAGCGAGACCUUCGAUCCAUUGGUCUACAGAUUUAUCCUCAUGUCUUUUAUCAGGCUGAUAAUAAGUACAAUAGGUUGUGUAACAGCAUUAUGCCUCUUCAUACUGAGCACGAAACACCUGAUGGUGGUCUACAUGUACCUCAUGUCCGUCGGACUGGUGUUCGUCUCUUACUGGACCAACGUCAACACCGUCAACACAGCACUGAACCUGGAGACCUUCGGAAACGGAACGCUCAACAUCAUCAACGUGGUGUCACUCAAUUUGGAACAACUAUUCCAGCACAAAGACUACUUCUACAACAUCGUCCAAAAUUACUUCAUUCAAAUUUUGUUGUCUAUUAUAUUUACUAACAUCCAUCUGGGACCCAGGAAUCCACUAUUGCAGAAAGUGUUACCGAUAGCGUUUCUGGUACCUUCAGUUCUGGUGAUUUUGCCUACACCUCCGUUAUUGCUGUCCCACAUACCAAUGGUAGCUGCGCUGAUACCUCUAGCUCUAGUCAAAUUCGUUCUAUGUACGUCUCUUCUACAAAUAAUCCAUUCCAUAUACUCAGGCUACCUCCAAGCGAAGAAUUUUGUGUCCAACUUUGGCAUGUCUGCACUCGUCGAAUCGGAGUGGUUAAGGCUGAACGUACCAGAAGUACUGAGAACCUUCUGGAUGCUGCGAGUACUAGAAAACGCCGCCAUUUUCUAUCUGUCAGGAUAUUGGAACAUAGAUGACGGACACUCUCCGUAUUUCAGACUCAUGAAGUACUUGAUGGUGACAGGUUGCGAUACUUUGACAGCGGUACUCGGAAUCACCAGCGUGGUAUCUUGUAUGUGCAAUUUCAUCGGAAAAUUCUUCCAGUGGGUGUUGUUGACUGACGAUGAAAACGACAAGAAUUUCGGAACCGUUUCAGCGAUAGUAUUCUACAUACUAGCUCUACAGACCGGAUUAACAGGGCUUGAACCUGAAGUACGAUUUGUACGAUUGUGCAGAAACUUUUGCUUACUGUUCACAGCCCUCUUGCACUUCACUCACAACGUGGUCAAUCCUCUGUUGAUGAGUUUGAGCGCCUCACACAAUCCUUCCUUGAAAAAACACCUGCACGCCCUUUUGGUAUGCCUAGUACUAGUAAUUUUACCUAUAUUGCUUAUGUACUACUUGUGGAAGACUCAAGAAACUUCUACGUGGCUACUAGCAGUGACAGCCUUUAGUAUAGAAGUCAUAGUUAAAGUAUUCGUGUCUUUAGCUAUUUACUCACUAUUUCUUCUUGACGCUAGAAGAGAAACGUUCUGGGAAAAGCUUGAUGACUAUAUUUAUUACAUACGAGCAUUUGGCAACACCAUAGAGUUCUGUUUUGGCAUAUUUUUGUUCUUUAAUGGAGCGUGGAUCUUGUUAUUUGAGAGCGGCAGUGCCAUAAGAGCUGCUAUGAUGUGCAUCCACGCUUAUUUCAACAUCUGGUGCGAUGCCAAAGCAGGCUGGUCAGUCUUCAUCAAACGAAGGACUGCAGUCAACAAAAUAGAGUCCCUGCCGGAAGCCGACAGGGAGCAGUUGCGUCUAUUGGACGACGUGUGCGCCAUCUGUUACCAAGAGAUGCAGAGCGCCAAAAUAACCAAAUGCAGGCACUUCUUCCACGGAGUCUGCCUCAGGAAGUGGCUCUACGUCCAAGACAGAUGCCCUCUCUGUCACGAGAUCCUUCAUGGCAUCGAAUCGGACGAGAGGAAAGAGACGAACCAACAAGCGGUCAACGCCAACGUGGCAGAAGAACACAACUACGAUAGGUGAUAGGAUUUAGACAAUGUGAUAUAGGUUAAUUUUAUGAAAUGAGCUUGGAGGGUACAGGACUGUUAAUCGUCACCACGAACCACGUUUUUAUUGGCUGUUAAUUGACUUUGAGAAAAGAUAUUUAUUGAUCUGAUAAGAAUAUAUACGAUAUACAUGUAAAUUGUUAUCAGUAAAGUUGGCAGUUUCAGUACAGGUUUGUACAGAUUAAGUUUACUACUUUUAUACACAUAGCUCAUACCUUUAUGGACUCUCCAUAGCUCAUACCUUUUUAUUUGCUCGCCAUUUCUUCCUUUGGUUCCAGUCCAGCUACUUAAUAUUACGUUCAUAAGUAUUUUGAUCAAUCUAAAUCCGGUCACCUACCAUUUUGAGGAAUUUGACACCAUUAAUCAAGGUUUUUUCUUUUCUCGAUUUAUUUUCACGUGAACUGUCUAGAACUGCUUUUUCAGGCCACCUAUGUAAACACCUGCAACUAUUAAUUAUGUUUUUCUAAUCGUGCUGCACGUGGGUAAUUGUCCAGGCUGGAUGCAGGUAUUCUCAUGUAUAACCUGCAACAACAGGUCUAGACAUGAGAAAACUGACAAGUGGUUUCUAGCGUCAGUACAAAUAGAGACAAAUAAAGGACCUGAUUAAUGGUAUCAAGUUUGGUAUUUGGACAAUGGGGUUAAUUCCUGGAAGUUCAGGUGGCCUAAAAAAGAGGACCAGACAGGAAGACAAAUUAUGUCGAAUUUCGCAGAAUCGACAUGUUCACCAGACCUCUCUCAUUUACUGUCUAUUUUGAGACUUUUGAUCUUAAUCAUACAACGUUGAUUCGUGAUACUGUUUUAUUUGACUCUUCACUUUUUCGCCUACGACAAUUUGAUUUAAAACGAAGAUAACACUAUUGUGGUAUGCAAAUUUCAAUACUAAAGGUAUCUUUUAGUGUUAAAAUCAAUCAAUCAGCCAUGUGAUGGGUGACCGAAGUUAUCUUUAACGUUUGAGUUAAAGUUAAGAUUACUCUCAGGAAUAACGAUGCCCAUAAUGAGAUAGUUAUUUCUUUAACGUUAUAUUAGAAAUAACAUUUGAGGAACAAAGUUUGAAGUAACAAAGAGAACCUUAUGUAGAAAUAGUACAAGUUGGAGUGACAGCGAGAGAUUGUUCGGAACAUGCUACAGGAUGGGUAGAUGACCGUAAAAGUAAAUACCCAUCGUUACGGGUUCGGUUGUGUUUCAAACGGUAGAUAAAAACAGGAUUGCCAGAUUGGUGUAUUUUCCCACAAUUUUGGGGUAAUUUGAAAGCGUCUAGGGUUUUCUAAGCAGAAAUUGUAGUGAAAUUUUUUGUGGGCGGAAAAUUAUGAAGGAUUUUAAGGGGUCAUGGUAAAUUAAAUUUGCGAAUUUACGUAGAACUGUAUAUUAUACUCCCAUAUAAUCGAAGACGAUAGGAACUAUGAAUUAUUUCCAUGGCUCUCGUUGAUAAGUAGUAUAAUUUUGGUUUACUGUUCUCUUCAUUUGACUACUAAUUUAUUAAAAUUCGGCAAAAAUUUCAAUUUGGGGCAUUUGAGCUUCAAUUUGAGGGAAUUUCAGUUUCUAAGUGGGAGAUUUAUAAAAUAUCAUCUAGCAACUCUGGAUAGAAAGAUCAGUAGGUACUUAAAAUACAAUUUCAAUUUAUAUCUUUCGAUUUGAUUUUUGUAUAAUUUUUAAAAUUGUAUUACACUUCUAUUCUUAAUUAUUAAAUUAUUAGCUUCUAAAUUCACUUGAUUUCUGUCUAAAAACAAGUCAAAAGAUGAAACCAACUUUACAUAACUACAGAGUUAUCUCAUAAAUGACAUAAAAUGACAGUUGAUAUAUACUACAAGAGAACUCAAGAACUGUCAAGAAAUAACGCAAGUAAUUAAGUUAAAUAUGAUACAUCACACCAAUUCGAUGAUUAUAACUUAACUACAGUUUAACUUUACGUUAAAGAUAACUUCGGUCAUCCAUCAUACGGCUGAAUAUUUUAUCCUGUAAGCCUAUAUCGAUCUUGUUAUUCAUUUUACAGUGAAAUCUGAAAUAGACUUUUAUUGUUUUCUUUGGUUAGAAUGAUAUUCCAUAUCACUCCAUAGAGUGCUUUCGUGGCUUGUUUUCCCCGUGCUAUUUUCGUUUCUAUAUUAUUCAAACAACUACCAUCGUGGCUUAUCAUUGCCCUAAAUACUUCUAAGUCUUACAACUCUUAAUAGUCUCUCUUCUUCUAAACUUAAGUUCAAAUCUGCUACCUCGGGAUCCGGUCCUACAAAUAUUUAUCUUUCAUAUUCUUCCUUUACUUUUAUUAGUAUACAUUCCAUGUGUUUCUUUUCGAAAUCAAUAAUUGAACUCGAGUAUCAUAGAACGUUUCUCAAAAAUUGUUCUGCUUUUGUAAUAUUUAUUUUUUCGGAGUUCCUUUUCUCUUCUUUUCCCUUACCCUUUUAUCCUCAAUUUUAUAUUUUUUAUUUUUCUGCGUUGUAUCUGCCUCCUAUCCUCAUCAAAGAGAUUUUAUUUUGAAAACUUUAAACCUUCUUGGUAUAUCGUUUCAUUCAAUUUAUUAAAGAAAAUGACUGGAUUGUGAAAAAUUGACUUGAUAUUAUAGUUUUGACAUUGUGUGUUGUCACUUGUCAUUUAAGUCAUAAGUGAUGCUAGUAAAAUCUAACACGUAAUAUACAAGUAGUUUGCCUAUAUAUAUGAUGCCAAAUGUUCCUCUAGAUUCCUGCUUCCUUUUGUCGACUUUUUAUAUUUGUUUUUAUUCUGUUGUACAAUUUUUUAACAUAUAUUUAACUUUGACGUUCAAUUUUCUAGUAAUUUCUACGUCUCUGACAUAAAUAUCCAAUUUUCUCCUUUGUAUAAUUUUUUGCCACUUAGAAAUGUUCAUAAAACCUAACACACCGUAAUCACCUGGUUUGUCCUAUAUAAACGACGUAAAUCUGUUUUUACUCUUGAUCUAGAUUGUAUUUUUGUACAAAAAAUAAACCAAACAAUGUACAUAUUGUUCUUAUGGCUAAUUUUAUGAUAAGUGUACCGAAACUCCCCCACAGAUCUCCCUUUGAGGGACUUUCUCCUUAUGAGGGAGAUCUAUGUUUAGCAGUGGACAAAUGAAGAUUGAAUGAUGAUGAUGGUGUACCGAAACUGUCAAUUUUUAGUAUUAAGGGGUGGCGCGGAGUAUAGGUCUCAGAAAAUUGUGUGAAUACGGUAAAAAUGAUAGUUUUCAUACUUUAACGGAAAAAUUGUGUGUUGAUUAUUUGCCAGUGCUAAAUUAAAACGAUAGUGAAGUAUCAGAACAAAGCAAACGAAUAGUAUAAUGUUAAAUUGAGCAUCGAUUGUCGAAUAAUAGCUAGUGAUUUCACUAUAUUCUUCGAAUUAUGAUUUUUUUUCUUUCUUUAGUCCAAGUUGCCAUUGUUUUUCUUACUUUUCCUCAAAAUAUUCCCUCUACUAUUUUCCCGCCAUAUGUGGCUUAUUUCUUUCAUCAACGACUUUAUUUUGAAAACUUUAAAUAUUCUUUCUAUCUUUCGAUUCAAUUUAGUACCGAAAGGCGUACAUCAGCUUGUAGGGUCCAAGUAACUAUAAAAAAUUACUCAAACGUGAAAAAUUGAUUUGAUAUUAUGCUUUUCACGUCAUCACUGUCACUUGUCAUUUAUCCUUAACCUCAAAAUAUGUAAAUAUGUUGUAAAUUCAAUCGAUUAAUGAAAUGGCUACUUUUGCUUUGUUUUGAUACUUUUUUCUCAUUUUAAGUUAUAUGUAAUUAAAAAACAAAUCUGAAAUAAUAGAAAACCUGCUAAAAAUUAAUUUUUUCGCUCUUAGAGCAAAAGCUUGCCAAACAGAUCUACUUUUUUUACCAUUUCAGAUAGUUUUCCCUGAAUACAAAAUAAAAAUUUGGAAGCAGUCCAAAGAAGAAAACUAUAUUGCUUCUAUCUAUAGUAUAUAGUAUGUACACGUUGGCUAGUGAUACUGUGUAAAGAAACUUUUUGAUAUUCGUUUUUUUUUCUUCAAAGUCAAUAUUUAAACGUGAGUAUAAUAUGGCGUUUCCCAAAAAUUGUUUUGCUUUUGUUAUAAUAUUCCCUUUCCUUCUUUAUUUUUUCUUUCUUUCCCACCUUUGCCUUAUUUUUUCCUUUUUUCACUUUUUUUCCACCAUAUCCGCCUUCCCUCUUUAUAAAUGACACUUUAUUUUAAAUACUUUAAAUCUUCUUGGUAUGAUUUGAUUCAAUUUAGUAUUUGAAGUCAGAUCAAGUUAUAAGGUCCAAAUAAAUAAAGAAACUAACAGGAAUGUGGAACCCUUUUGUUAAUAUUGUGCUUUUGGCAAUGUCGCUGUCAGUUGUCAUUUAACCUAACCUCAAAAUGGGAAUGAGGGAAACGACUAUGAUAUUCUAUGUUGAUUGCUGAUGCCAUCUAAUUAUUUUAUUGAUAGUGAGCGAAAAUUACCGAAAAAAUCAAGAAAUAUCUCAAAAAGUCUAUUGAAGUGUUACUUCACACAGAGUUAUCUUAACAACUCAAGAAACAAACUAUUUCAUUUCUAAAACAUUUAGACCCGUUUGACAAACUUAGUCAGCGAUAGUGAAUUGGUCAUUUUAAAUUUUGACAAUGGAAUUUUAACUAAAGACUCCAAAACAUGUUACAUACAUAUACAUAAAGCUUAGCGUGAAUGUCUGUCGUAGUGAUGUAUAAAAUUCCAUUGUAAUUGAAAUAAUUUCUGAUAAUUACAAGAACAAUACCUCUAUAAUCUUACACUAUGUUUUAUACAUAAUGUUCACUAUAGAAACUUCUAAAAGAAUUUCAAUGGUCGCACAGUCGCCUUAUCCACCGUAUGUCCACUCCAACUUGACUUUUUUCAUCUCUAAGAAUCCGGUAUCGCCAUUUUCAAACAAUAAAUGCCCAAAAAGCUGCAACAAAGAGCGGGAAAUCGUUUUUACUCUUGUAACAAAGAACUUACCAAUUAUUUUAACCUAAUGGCCACGGUACCCACCAGAUAUAACUCCUCUUGACUUUUUUGUAUUUCAGACAAUCCGGGAAGGCGAUUUUCAGACACCAAAAGCCUAAGAAAACUGCAUCAAAGAGCAAAAGUAACGUUGGAAGUUAUCUAAGUCGACUUAAUAUCUUUUGUAGUUUACUGAAUGUUAUACAGAUUGUUUAAGCUCCAAAGUUGUGUAUAGGCGUUAUCAACAUCAUAUCAAGGUCAAUGAAUGCCAUCAAAAAUCUUCUGGUAAACGACUGAGAAACAAGAAAAAUAUUCUACGCUACGGGACGAGUUCCCACUAUUUUACCAAAAAACCGCAUAUUAUGGAGAUUAUUUUAGUUUCUCGGCCACCUUAUCCACCCGAUAUUACUCCUCUUUACUUUGUUGCUAUUUCCAAAAAUUGCGUCAAAGGGUGAUAGAUAUUUAAGUUAGGGUGAAGUGCGACUUGUCUGUUUGAAGCUUUACUGCAUAUUACAAGGCGUCCUUAACCUUCCGAUAACCAACCUUUUUUUGUUACACGGAUGACCAACGGGGGUAAAAAAUGACCCCAGGUCAAAAAUGACCUGGAAUGAAUGUUUUCAGCAUUUAAAUCUUCAUCUAACAAUACAUCCUCGUUUUCUGAUACUAUUUCAUCUUCUAUAUCAUCAUAAAAAUCACUAGCAGUAACAAUUUCCUGUAACUCAGCUUCAGUAAGAUAUUUGCGGGCCAUAUCUUAUAUGUACACAAAAUACUAAGAAACUAUAAUAAUAUACGCCAGGAAAUAAUAAUAAUGACUAACUGUAGCAGACAGCAAUGUCAUGAUUCGUACAUAACAGGCACCACAGUCUAAAAAUAGAUUUUGAUAACGCGCAGUGUAAAACUACUUGGAAUUCCACAUAAUAGACGGUAUUUUACUAAACAUCAACUUCAGAAUAUAUUUUUAUUCGUAAAAUAUAGGGAAUUUUUUUUAUUUCAAAAUUUGAGGAUAUCUAGAAUGAUAUUAAAGUCAAAUAAAAAAAAUAUGGAGUUAAAAAUUGAAAAUACUUUUGAAUUUAUUAAAGAAAAACAUAUGCUGGUGUCCAAAUUUACCCCCCCCCCCUUGGUCAUCCGAAGGUUAAGAUACAAAUAGGUUUAUGGGCGUUCUAAAAAUCGUAGCAUGGUCAGUCUGGUUCAAUCAGUUUCUUAUACUUUAGUCACUGAAGUCAGUAUCAACUUGUGUUGUGUUAUUCAAAUUUUGACUUCCACUGAAAGUGGCUAGAAAACAGUAUAGCCAUAAUACUAAUUGUUUUUUUGAAAAUUGCUCAGGCCCGUCGAUUGGUAUUUCAAAUUAUCCUUUUUGACAUACAAUAAUAAUGUAUACAGGGUGGCCCAAUUAAGAGAUAUGACGUCAUCGUUGAUUUUCUUAAAUGGCAACACUGUCAUUUUGAUAGCUAUUUUGGUAGGGUGUGUAAAGUUAUACAUAAAUGCAAAACAUCAAAUUUUUAUUCUCUACCAUUUACAAGAUAAUAAAAAAUAACAAAGUUAUGUCUAAUUUGGAAUAAAUUCAAUAAUAAUUCAAAUACUAAUUGUUUUUUUGAAAAAUGACCAGACCCGUCGAUUAGUAUUUCAAAUUGUCAUUUUUGACGUAUAACAAAUAUGUUUACAGGUUGUCCCAAUUUAGAGAUAUGACGGCAUCGUUGAUUUUUUUAAAUGGCAACACUAUCAUUUUGACAGGGUGUGUGAAGUUAUACAUAACUGCAAAAUUUCAAAUUUUUAUUCCCUACCAUUUAUAAUAUGAUAAUAAAAAAUAACAAAGUUAUGAAAAACAAGUAAUCAAAUAAUAAUUGAAUUUAAUUAUUUCAAUUAAGCAAAUGCUCAUAAUGUUGCCCAUUGACUAUUUGAUAAUAAUUGAAGGCAACAUUAUGAGCAUUUGCUUAAUUGAAAUAAUUAAAUUCAAUUAUUAUUUGAUUGCUUGUUUUUCGUAACAUUGUUAUUUUUUAUUAUCUUGUAUAUGGUAGGGAAUAAAAAUUUGAAAUUUUGCAGUUAUGUAUAACUUUACACACCCUAUCAAAAUAGCUAUACACUUUUGAAUGUAUUAAAGAAAAACAUACGCUGUGGGUGUAAAAUGUGUAACUUUACACACCCUAUCAAAAUAGCUAUCAAAAUGACAGUGUUGCCAUUUAAGAAAAUCAACGAUGCCGUCAUAUCUCUAAAUUGGGACCCCUGUAUAUAUUAUGAUUAUAUGUCAAAAAUGACAAUUUGACAUACUAAUCGACGGGUCUGAACAUUUUUCAAAAAAACGUUUAGUAUUUGAAUUAUUGAAUUUAUUGCAAAUUACAUAUUAUAACUUUGUUAUUUUUUAUUAUAUUGUAAAUGGUAGAGAAUAGAAAUUUGAUAUUUUGCAGUUAUGUAUAACUUUACACACCCUAUCAAAAUGACAGUUUUGCCAUUUAAGAAAAUCAACGAUGACGUAAUAUCUCUAAAUUGGGACAACCUGUAUACAUUAUUAUUGUAUGUCAAAAAGGACAAUUUGAAAAACUAAUCGACGCGACGGGUCUGAGCAUUUUUCAAAAAAACGAUUAGUAUUUGAGAUAUUGAAUUUAUUCCAAAUUACAGACUCACUCUGUAUAGGUACCAAGCACACGUGCCCAUAGCCAAUAUUAAUUGUCAUUUAAAAGUAAAAAAUUAUUUACAUAAUAAAAUUAAUUUUUGGAAAACGUUCGUAAAGUUCUGCAAGCAAACUAAUAGAGUCAUUCAUAUUCAGCGGGGUGAUUCUUCAAAGUUUGAAGUUCUAUUAACAAGGGAUCUACCUGCUUUAUGGAAUGAUCCCUUGUUUAUUUAAGUACACAUUUCCAUCAAUAGUAGCCCGCUGAGCUGAAUAUUAAUGACUAUCUUAGUGUGCUUGCAAAACUAUAACUUAGGCAAUCUCAAAUAACUUGUAUAUUUUGGUUUUCUGUAUGAUUUCUUUUUGACAAUUUGUCUAAAAUAGGUGUACAUAUAUAUUGUAUAGAUACAAUGAAUUGAAUCGGGUACUCAGGUUGAUUCAUGAAACGAAAGAAGCACAAAAAAGUGGUUAGAAAUAAUAAAUAGUUUUGUAUGUUUAUCUUUUUUCAUUCUCUACAAGUGGCGAAUCUACAAAUUUUUUUGUGGGCAGAAGAGGGACUUCCAAUGAAACAACAACCAAAAGACAUAAGAAAGAUAAACCAAAACCCUUCCAAAAUUAUGUACAUAAAAGACAUAAAUAAUAACUUAUAUGCAUUAAGUUCCCCUUUAAUUUUCCUAACUAUCGGGUUUAUUUGGUUGAAUUUGAUUGGCUGUAAGUUUCAUGUCAGCUAAUUUUUUAUGUUUCAACAAUGUUUUCUUUAAUUUUGGACCUUGAUGGAGAAAGGGGGAAAUUUCCCCAUUUUCCCUCCUCGUCUAUCAGUCACUGGUCUUUGUUGGUAGAGAAACUUUGUGUGGGAGCGAAUUCGGACAGUAUCAAAGUUCUGUUUUAAUUCUCUUAACUCAGUGUUUCCAUUGUUUACAAUUUCACACGAGAAAUUUCACAAUUGUAAGUCCGACUUACUAUCAGAACCAGACAAUUGAUACAGUGAUCAUUUACUGCCAUGCUUCUUCUUCUUCAUGUGCCAUCUUGUCUAAGAAGGUCGGCAACCAUCAUGGUAAUUCGCACCUUCGAUACCGCUGCUCUGAAGAGAUCAGCAGAAGUGCAGUUAAACCAGUGACGUGGGAAGGAGUUAAUCUCUCCUGUCCCCGAGUUAAACCAAGCUCUCAAAUUGUUUAAUCAGGAGAUGCGUCUUCUUCCUGACUCCUUCCACCCUGCAUUCUACCUUGUAUCAUUAAUUGAAAUGCUCGCCCUAUAUAUAUAUGUCAAAUAUAUUGCAGUUUUCUAACUUUAAUUGUAUUUAACACCUCCAAUUAUAAAUUGUAAAAUUCCCUCAUCUUUCUUAGUCUCAGCCUCAGCAUCCGUUAUGGCUUGCAAAUUGUAGAAGCCUAGGAGGUGUUACCAGAGAAGGUUCCCAUUGUAUUCAGUCUGGCAGGAUGUACAGUAACAUUUUUUGGUGUUGUUUUAUGUGCUAUUAGAUUGAAAACUUAAGUCUUUUCACCUCUCUUUCUUUUCCCAUUCUUCUCAACACCUCGAAAUUCAUGACUCUAUCCACCCAACUUAUUCUUAAUAUCCUUCUGUAGGCCCAUAACUCGAAGGUUUCUAAUCUGUCCGAAACAUAUUUCUUUAAUGUCCAAGCCUUCAACCUAUAAAACAGUAUGGAGAACACGUAGCAUCUCAGAAGUCUUAUCUUUAAAGAAAUUGUAAUAUCCCUGCCACGGAAUACUUUUUUCGGUUUGUUGAAAGCAUUUCUUGCCUUGCUUACAUUAUUAAAAUAUGAGUCUACACAAUGGCAAGAAAUAUCAUUUUUAAGUCGGGUCAUCUUUUAUUUAGACCCAGUAGUUAUCAAAUGUACCUCGUAUUAUAAUAUAACGAUCAUGUUACUAUAUAGUCCAGGGUCCAGGGCGCAUCUGUUUUGAGAUGGACGUUGAGAGGUGACCCAUAUUUUUUGCAGAAAUUUCUUGGAAUUAACUCCUAUAAUAAUAAUUGGGUUAUCCUCCCACUCAAAAAUGUCCGGAACAUUGUUUAGUUUAAAUAAUAAAAAUGUCAAAAAAUUAAGGAAAAAUUCGAUUAUUUUCUUCAUUUUUUAAAUAUAACUUUCAAAAUAUUCACUUUCGAGAAAAGUUGUACGGAUAUAAAAGUUACGUAAUUAAAUUUCCUACAAUAUAGGAUUAGUUACAAAUUUUAAAAAGUGUCACCCUUGUGGCAAAAUAGCAAUAAUUGCGAAAAAAAACAUAAAAAAAUAAGUAUUUGCAUUUUACGUUUUUCAACCAUUUAUGCUACACUUAGGACCUUCAUAUUUUACCCAGAAAAACUAUGUAAUAUAGUAAAACAAUACUGUAAAUUUUUUUUUUACGAGCGUGCAAAAAUGUCUUUUUUUGCGCACGCAUUUUAGUUUAGAAAGUUUCACUUUUCCGCACGCGUGUUACUUUUCCGCACGCGGUUUUUACUUUUCCGCACGCGUGUUAAUUUAGAUAUGUUAAUAUGGCCUUAAAGUAAUUAUAAUACAUACAAUAAACUAAUAUUUAGAUAUUAUUUACUAAUUUAUUUCAAAUAUAUCUUAUUGUGUUCCUGUUUUAAUAAAAUUAACGCGACAAUUCGAUGAAAUAAAAUUAUUUUGAUAUAAUAUUCGAAAGUCAAAUCGGUAGACAAUAACAGUCGUUUUGAAUCAUCGUCAUGGAAACCAAGAUCGUCGUCAUGCUAACUAAUUAUAUUGAAAGUUUGGUUUUGACAACCUUGUCAAAGAAUUAAUUUGUGUAUGUAUUUUCAUAUUAAUUAAAUUAAUUGAUUAAGAUUUGGUAAUUUUUUAAAGACUCUUAGAAAAAAUAUUGUUCCUAACUCUUGCAGAAAGUCUCUUUUCCGCACUCGACUGCUUGCCGAACUCCCGCUUCGCGUCGUUCGGCAAACUGCAGUAGCGUGCGGAAAAGAAUGACUUUCUGCACUUGUUAGGAAAAUAACUAUUAAUAUCGGUGCAAUAGAUUUUGCAAAAUAAAUUUUGCAAUCCAGCUUUCGCAAAAAAAAUUAAUUUUUUCAAAAUGUUGCAGGACUGAAAAUAAAGCAGAUAGCAAGUUGAAAUUUUUUUAAAUAUAGAAGAAUACCGUACAUUUCAUUUGCAAUUUUUAAAAUUAAAAUCCAUUAACUACCACGGCAGGAAUUUUUUUAAAUAAACAUCAUAGGCGUCACCAGGGGGGGGGUUUUGGGGGUUAUAACCCCCCCCCCCCAUUGGGAUGUACUUUGAGCUAUAUACGCUUAACACCAUAGCCCUCAUAGACCUUCCAGUAGUUGUAACCCCCCCUUUCAGGUAGUUGUAACCCCCCCCUUAGGAUCAUCCUGGUUACGCCUAUGAUAAACAUUAGUUUUUGGUGCUACGUGCAGGACAGCGGUGUUCGAUUCACACAAGUUGAGUUCCACCAAAAUUUCUUCCAAUCUUUAUCUAAGAUAUUAUUCUCUUACACUAUAUUUUGUUGUAUUUUAAUAUUUUAAUUCCACAAAAAUCAAACUAAUUUGAUUAUUGUUUGUGAAAUAUUAUUUAAACAGUUGCAUAUGUUUAAAAAUAAUAAACUUUUAUUCUCUAACUUAAAAUAUAAUAUGGACAAAGAAAGUUUUUGCCAAAAAAGUGUUAUUUCAAAGGACAGAGCAUGUGUUUUUAUUUUGCAAUAAACAAAUUUAUUUAUUUAUAUCGAAAUGUACUAAAAAUUAAAAUUUGUCAAUCAUUAUCAAAGGUCAUUGGAAUGCUAAAUCAGAGCAAACUAUCCGCUGUCCUGCGCGUAGCACCAAAAAAAAAUGUGUAUUUAAAAAAAAUUAUGACGCCGGUAGUGGUUAACCGAUUUUAAUUUUGCAAAUUGUAAAUAAAAGGUACGGUAUUCUGUUAUAUGUAUAAAAAAAUUAAACUUGCUGUCUGCUUUAUAUUCAGUCCUGAAAGAUUUUGAAAAAAUUACUUUUUUUGCGAAAGCUGGAUUGCAAAAUCUAUUCAACCGAUCUUAAUGAAAUUCACAGUAUUGUUUUCUUAUAUCAUAAAGUUUUUUUUGGUAAAAUAUAUGGCUAAAUGUAGCAUAAAUGGUUGAAAAACGUAAAAUACGAAUACUUGUUUUUUAUCGUUUUUUCGCAAUUGCUAUUUUGCUGCAACAAGGGUGACAAUUUUUAAAAUUUUUAACGAAUUCUAUAAUAUUGUAGGAAAUUUAUUCGUGCAACUUUUAUGUCAGUACAACUUUUCUCAGAAAUGAAUACUUUCAAAGUUAUAAUCAAAAAACGAAGAAAAAAAUCGAAUUUUUCCUAAAUUUUUUGACAUUUUGAUUAUUUAAACAAUGUUCGGGACCUCUUUGAGUGGGAGGAUAACUCAAAUAUUAUAAUAUGAGUUAUUUUCAAGCAAUCUCUGCAAAAAAAUAUGAGUCACCUCUCACCAUCAAAAUGUACUAAUAUUUUUACAGAUGCGACCUGGUCUAAUAAAAUACGUUCUGUGUCUGUAUUUCGUGCGUUCCAUGGGUUAUUUUGUUUACUGCGCAGGACCGUGAUCGUUACAUGGACGGUUUCUCGUUGUGUUGGAACAAACCUAUUCGCUCUGAGCGUUAACAAAGUGUCAAAGCAAAAUCGACCGACCUGCUCAUGGUGGCGGUUUUUUGAAAUUUUACCAGGACGCUUUGUGUAUGUUUAAAUGAGACAUUUAAAAAAAAUGCCGUGUCACGCUAGUGAUAUUAUGUAUUAAUAUAAACAGAAAAUAAAAACGCACUUCAUCUAAUAUAAAUUCUUCUAUUUCCAAUAUUGAUUAUCAGUUUGAUUUUGUAUACAUAACCUCACUAUCGCAGUUUAUGUCAAUAAAUCUUUAUUAACGAAAAAGAAAAUAUUUUUGUUGCACUAUAAAUUACAGUAUAAAUUAAUAACUAAUGAAUUCUAACAAUUGUAUUCGGUUAUUAUCACUACAAAAUAAAAUAUUCAAGUUUAACAAAAUAAUCCCAUAAGACUCAAUGUUAAAACGUCCUGACAAAAUGUGACAGCGUGUCACGUGACUGUAAAUAGAGGGGAGACGCACGGAGCCAAUAGUAAACAUGACACCAGUAAAGCAUUUCCUCUCAAUUUUUAGUAUCAUUGGUCUAUAAAUAAUCAGUUUUUAUCAAUCACUUUCAUAAAAAGUAUUCUAAGUAUACUUAAAUUAGGCUACUGUAUUUUCUCUAUAUAGAGUUGUGUGUGAGUCGUCAGUUUUAUGAUUGCUAAAAAUCAACAGAACGCUCAAAGAAUUAGCGGGAGAAUAUUUGGCAUUUGGCAGCUGCACAACAGCGUAGGAAUAUCUAAUGCGUAUAAAAAACGGAAUUUUCCAUUUAUGGGACAGCGUUGCCACAUCGUAUGAGAGAAAAUACGUUUUUGAAAAAGACUGAUAUAUAUGUUUUUGUAAACACUUAUGUCUUACCUCUUUCACAAUUAAGAAACGGAAACUUGAAUACAUCGGUCGUAUUAUUAGACAUAAUAAAAAUAUCGUGUACUGCAACUGAUAAUACAGGGUGAAAUAGAGAGCAAUCGCGGACUCGGAAGAAGAAGACACUCAUGACUUCAAAUCUUACGCCAAUGGUUUGGACUAUCAUCGAUCGAGUUAUUCAGAAACGCCGAAAACAAAAUUAAAAUUACUGUGAUGAUGGCCAACGGACAAGGCACAUGGAGAAAAAGAAACACCUAUGACAAAUGAAUAAAUGGGAAAAGAAAAGUAUUUUAAAAGUGUAAAAAUAUUUAAUUCCUAGCUGAGGUUUUCGGCUUACAAAGCCAUCUUCAGAGCUAUGGUCAAAAACCAUAAAGUACCACUGCUAAAGAGGGAUCCCAUUUUUAUUGAAAAAAUUUAUAAAAUUCUUCUUAAGUUAAAAAACUGAGACGAUGGUUGAAAAAACAAAAAACAUCUAACAAACGGCACAUUAGGACUUCACCAAAAGAAA